AUGUCGAAAAAGCGUUCCAGAGAGAAAAAGAUGGACAUGUUGCAUCGAGCCGCUGGGGCUCCUUUCAAACUAAAUAUCAUAGAAUUCCAUCCGCCAAUGAAUUUUCGGGUUCCCAGGCUGCCAGAAUUCGACGAGAAAACAGAUGAUCCAGAUCAGCAUAUUUUAUACUAUGAAACUGCCAUGACUCUGUGGCAGUUCAGCGAUGAGUUGAUGUGCAAGAUGUUUCCACAGUCACUGACUGGUGGAGAAAUAACGUGGUUCAAUCAGCUACUGGCACAGUCGAUCGGGACUUACCAUAAGCUAGUUGACGAAUUCUGUGCUCACUACAAAUACAACAGACGUGAUCGGAAGGGAUGCCACACAUUGUUCCUUCUGGCAAUUUGGAAGGAGGAAAGCAUCAGACAGUUUACUCGACGCUUCAAGCAAGAGGUGGCCGAUGUGGAUGAUGCCAACGAUCAAGUCGUCAUUGCGGCUUACAAACAGGCAUACCGGUAUGAUCAAAGGGGUGUGUACGGUUCUUUGGUCAAGAGACCAGCACAUACUUUGGAAGAGUUGUAUGAUCGAGCAGAAGAAUACGCUCGGGUAGAGGAUGACUCCAAAUCUCCAGAGACGAGAGAUGUUAACAGCUCAUCUAAUCAUCCAAAUGAUGGGAAGAAAGAGAAGUCAAAGAACCAUUCGAGCGGACAACAUAAUGAUCGAGGAGAAGUUCGACAAAAAAACCAGGGGGAACGAAUGGAAACUGGGUAUCAGAAAUAUCAUGAUAUGAAACUGACAUCGUCGAACAUACGGCUUACAGAGUUGUAUGAGAAAAUAAGCAAGGAUUUGAGUCCCCCUCGACCUUUGCUAGCAGAGACGCGUGAUAAACGUGAUAAGAGCAAAUACUGCAACUUUUACAAAGACCAUGGUCACAAGACUGAGAAUUGCCGCUCUUUACAGAUCGAGGUCCAGCAAAUGAUAGAUGCUGGAAAGCUACAAGAGUACGUGAAAAAGGAUUUCGGGAAAGGUCCUGGACAGUUUGGCGCAACACAUGCGAUUAACGUCAGUCACGCCAUGAUCCAUUCAAUGACCAGGCGGGCAUCAGAAGAUGAAACCAGGAGAAAACUCAGGCAGUUAAAAGAAUGA